AUGUCUCACCAAGGGCCUCCUAGGCCUUUUCGCCAUAUCGCUCCAAGGACCUUGCUAGAUACUCCAACAGCGAGACCUGUCGCUGAGGAGAGUAAGAUCCGGAGAGCAUCAACAGCUUGCGCAGAGUGCAAACGACGUCGGACUAAGUGUAGUGCAAAAUUGACCGGCGCCCCUUGUUCCGUAUGCGCGCUCCACCACCGAGAUUGCAUCAUCGACAAGGAUGCCGACAAACGUCGUAAGGUUGCGCAAAAACGUCUCGAGGAGGAUUUGACAUACUAUCGCGAAUUUGUGGAGCAGCUGCUAGAGGCCCUUCGGCACGGCAAGCGUGCAUGCAUCGACGCCAUCAUCAACGUCAUCCGGUCGGGAGCCACGCUGGAGGAGAUACGCUUGGUCGUCGCCCAAUCACUGGGUCAUACGAACGAGGUCGAUGGCCUUGAGAAUACGGUUCCCGAUCUCAAACAGCCGGAUGGCGUAUCUGUGAAAUCGUCUCCCGAUGCUGGGCUGAGCGCGAUUUUGAAUAAUGAUUCAUGA